AUGCUGCUCUCCAAGAUCAACUCACUGGGCCACCUGUGCUUGGCGCCCGACGAAGAUCUGCAUCCGGUCAAGCCCCUGCCAGGGAAAGAAAAGGAACUUUUGGAGAAGCUGUAUCAGAUAGGCCCGCUGCUGGGCAGUGGCAGCUUCGGUUCGGUCUAUUCGGGCACCCGGCUGGCAGACGGAGCUCUGGUGGCCAUCAAGCAUGUGUCUCGGAACCGGGUUUCCGAAUGGGGAGAACUGCCUAGUGGGACUAGGGUACCCAUGGAGAUCUUGCUCCUGAAGAAAGUUGGCUCUGGCUUUCGGGGAGUAAUUCAUCUCCUGGACUGGUUUGAGAGGCUGGACAGUUUUAUUUUGGUUUUGGAACGGCCUGAUCCUGUGCAAGAUCUCUUUGACUUCAUCACAGAGAGAGGGGCUCUGCCUGAAGAUUUGGCUCGCAGCUUUUUCCGUCAGGUUUUGGAAGCAGUUCGAUACUGCCACAGCUGUGGUGCCUUACAUCGGGAUAUCAAGGACGAGAAUAUUUUGAUUGACCUGAGCAGUGGAGAGCUCAAACUUAUAGAUUUCGGAUCUGGAGUAUUGCUCAAGGACACAGUGUACACUGACUUUCAUGGUACUCGUGUAUAUAGUCCUCCAGAAUGGAUUCGCUAUCACAGGUAUCAUGGCAGAUUUGCUACUGUCUGGUCACUUGGAGUAUUGUUGUAUGACAUGGUCUGUGGUGAAAUCCCCUUUGAACAUGAUGAGGAGAUUGUAAGGGGCCAAGUCUAUUUUCGGCAGAAGAUUUCUCCAGAGUGCCAGCAGCUCAUUAAGUGGUGUUUAGCUCUGAGGCCUUCUGAUAGGCCAUCCUUUGAAGACCUUCUGAACCAUUCCUGGAUGAAAGAUGUUCUUAUGCCUCAGGAAACAGCCGAGAUCUACUUACACAGUUUAAUUCAAAAGUCUAGCAAAUAG